UUCAGUUAGCAGUAAAACUGCACAACCUCUAAAAUUAAGUUUAGGUCGCACGUUCCUGUCCUAGCUUAAUGAUGACGUUUCAAAUUCUUCUCCUGCUCGGGGCAACGCUUGCUCUGGCGUUCGGAAAGGGUACAAAUUCUGGCUGCGCGCCCCUGGACAUCGCCUUCUUGAUUGAUGAGAGUGCGAGCAUUCCCGAUAAAGACUUUAAGGAGGUGCUGCGUUUCUCCGACGCCCUUGUUAGUCAACUGGCGAAGGACGCGGACGUCAAGGUCGGAAUCAUUGAUUUCUCCACUGAAGCAGUACCCACUCUAUGGUUGAAUGACCCGGCGAACAACGAAGGUGCAUCAGCAGUCGGGAAGAAGUUUCUCGGUGUCGUCCGAUCCGCCGAAAACUUCAACACGAACACGCAUCUCGCCUUCUUCAUCGCCCGGACACAGAUGCUGAACACUUCCUUCGGUGUGGGCACCCGGUGUGUAGCCACCAGGGUAGUGAUCCUCAUCACUGACGGUCUCCCUUCAUGGCCCACGGACGCCUACAUGGAAGCCACAGCAACACUGGCCCAGGACAUCGCGGUGUUCGUCAUCGGGACAGGGCCCGAUGACAACUUUGGAUCAGGAAUGGGAAGUAGGUACCUCCUUGCCGCUUAUUUCACCGGCGGGGAUGUGUCCAAUGUAUUCCGGGCGACGAACUAUGCUGAGCUGCAAAGCAUGGUUGCAAGCAUUAAAGGCUCAUUAUGCCAAGUUUCGAAUGUCAGGACAAAAGCAUCGCAGAUUUCCAAACUGGACACCAAGGCAUAUAAAGAGAACCCAGCCAAUGCCGCAAAUGAUCCCAAAAGUCGAAAUAGGCCGGGACAAUGCAAGUAGUGUUUCUGGAUACGAAAAGGAUCUGUCCUUAUAACUACUAUCAAAGUAGGUAACUGUCACUGUUACAACGUAAAACACUGUAGUUGAAGAAAUAAAAAAAUCAUGUA